GAUUCUUCAUUUUUUUCAGGUGAUAGAGCACCCUCUUUAAAGUUUCAUCUAAAAUAAUGAAGAAUCUUAGACCCAUAUGUUUUCUUGUUUUCUUCAGCUACGUUCAAUGCCAAACUCUACAGAGAAGUUUACUAGCUGCAGCCUGGAACCACACUAAUAGCCAGAAUUAUCUGCAAGAGAACUUAAGAGACAUCACUAGCAUUAUGGUUGCUCAGUUUCUUCAGAAAUCAACUUAUCAAGAAGUACAAACCAUAGUUGAAGAGUUGGUACAUCGCGCAGAGAAGUGCAAGGUCCUCAAGCCACAGGAAUCACCGUCCGAAUGCUCUCACCAGUUGAUGACUACCUUCCUAGAGCAUGUUUGUAACAACCAAGGAAUGGCUGACAAACAGGAGUUUUCUGACUGUUGCAAUAUAAAUAACAAAGCAAGACUCAAGUGCUUCCUAUUAUACAAAAAAGAUGACACAGAAUAUAGCGAUGUAUUCCAAAUUCCAAAUCUCGAGCAGAUCUGCGACGUAGACAAAGAGAAUCAAGCAUCAGUGAAGGAGAGGUACAUUUAUGAAACAUCUAGAAAGCAUCCAUUCUUGUAUGGACCUACUAUUCUGACCAUGUCUGCUUGCUAUGAGACAGCUAUUCGGUCAUGUUGCCAAGAAGAAAACAAAACUGAGUGCUUCCAGAUAAAGUUAGAACCCAUCAGGAAAUACGUGAGAGAAAUAUCUUUGAGGCAUCACCAUUUAUGUGAAAUUGGGAUUAAAUUCAACCACAAAGUAUCAAAAGCAGUGGAAUUGGUUCUGCUGACUAAGAAACAACCGAAAGCUAACUUUUCUGAAAUUGCCAAACUGGCCGGGGAUGUUAAAAAUCUGCAUCAGACCUGUUGUGAAGGAGAUGUGGUAGCCUGUGUACUUGGCAGGAGCCAGCUUAUGAACGAUACCUGUUCUAAACAGUCGGCCCUAUCCAGCAAAAUCACUCCCUGCUGUGCACUGUCCGUGCCAUUCCGAGGGGAAUGCAUUAUCAACUCAGAAAAUGAUGACAAACCUGAUCUUUCAUCUCUGCCACUCAGCAGGUUUACAGAAGACCGAUUUGUAUGCAAGCAAUUCAUCGACAAGCAAGAUGAUCUCCUGCCAGAGUUUCUUUAUGAAUAUUCAAGAAGACAUUCAGAAUUGGCACUUUCUGUGAUUUUAAGAGUGUAUACAGUAUAUCAAAAUUUAUUGGGAAAAUGCUGUAAAUUAGAAAAUCCUCUGGAAUGCUAUAGCCAUGGGAAAGAGAUGUUCCAAAGAGUGGUUGGUGAAAGCCAUGAGCGUAUAAAAAAUCACUGUGAUUUACGUGAGAAAUUAGGAGAUGCUAACUUCCAUGACAGGCUCAUAAUCCUUUAUACUAAGAAAGUCCCACAACUAUCUGCUCAAGAGUUGGUUACAUUCACGAAGAACAUGGCAGCUGCUGCCACCAAAUGUUGCCCACUGAGAGAUGAGCAGCGAUUUGUCUGCAUGGAGGACUCGGCGAAACUAAUUCUUGGAGCUUUAUGCAGAAGACACGAAGCAGAGCCUAUCAAUGCUGGUGUGGGUCACUGCUGUGAGGACUCAUAUGCCUUCAGGAAGCCAUGCUUUGAUGAUCUGCAGGUAGAUAGAACUUACAUUUCUCCACCUUUAUCCUGUGACCAAGUCAUCAGCCUUAAAGAGGACUUGUGCAAAGCUCGGGAGGAGCAAUUCCAAACUGAGAAGCAAAAGCUCCUGAGCAAUCUUGUGAAGCAGAAACCACGGGCAACGGAGAUGCAGGUCCAGUUAAUUAUUGCAGAUUUCGCUCACCUGGUGGAGACGUGCUGCCAAGCAGAGGAAAGUGAAAUGUGCUUCAGAGGAGAGGGGUCCAAACUGAUUGAAAAGUGCCAGUCUCUCUUGGGACACAAAUGAUCCCAGAAAAUGUCAGUGUGGAAUCUUUGAUAUAGCAACAUGACAGUUACACCUGCCAUCUUGUCCACCUCAUAGACUGCCUUGAAAAUGGACUUCUUCCCCGUUCAGUUCCUGAAACCAAUGUGAACGGCCCUAAGCAAAAUUCCAUAGCAACACUGCCUAACUGAACAUUUCAUAUAGCCAAGAGAUAGUAAAAUAUACCACCAAAUCAGAGAAAACCAUACAGAAAAGAUUCUAUAUUUCUUUAGCUACUGGGUCCGAUUUGUGAAAAGGAUGCAUAUAUACAGGAGCUUUUAGAAAAACAUUUCAUAUAACUCAUUUGCACAUUCUUUUAUUCACUGAUUCACUAAUUCAUUAAGUCUUUUAUUCAAUUGAUUUUUACUAAGCACAUCCUAUAUACAAAACACAGCAUUAAAUUCAGCCAAGUAUACAAAGAUGAAUGUAACAGGUCCUCUACCAUUAAUAAGUAUAACAUUACUGGGGUUGAAUUUGAACUAAUAUGUAACUGGUAGUAAAAAACCUGAGCCACCUGAAGCAAGGAUAAAGAGUUUUAUGACAAAAGUUUAUACUCUUGUAUUAUGCAAAGAUGCCUCCGAACAGAUUUUUCUCUCUGAAAUUGUAUUGCCAUGUAACAAAUUAUCCUAAAAUUUGGCAUACUACAACAACCAUUUAUUUUCUCAUACAUUUUCCAAAGAUCAGGAAUCCAGGAGUGGGUUAGCUGGGUUUUCUGGCUCAGGGUGUCUCAGGAGGCUGUAGUCAAAUUGUUAGGGCUGUGUCAUCUGAAGGCUUGACCGGGACCAGCCCAUGGCCCACUCAUCUGGCUGUGGACAGGAGGCCUCAAUUGUUGCUGGCUCUGGCAAAGGUCUCUGUUCCCAUGAUGCAAAUCUUUCUCUGGGGCUGCUCUCGCCAUGGUAGUCGGCUUCCCCCAGAGCCAGUGACCCAGGAGAAUGAGCGAGAAGGACGCCACAGCGUUAUAUGACCUAGUUGCCCAAAUCGCACACUGUCACUUCUGCUGUCCUCUGCUCAUCAGGAUUGAGUCACUAGGUCCAGUCCAUUUGCAAGGUGGGAAGGAUUAGGCCCCACCUCUUGAAAGGAGGAAUAUCAAAGACUUUAUGAAUAUAUUUUAAAACUACCACAGAAGCGAAGUUAAUGUCUUAUUAAAUAAUUUUCUUUUUCUGCAUCUGGUAGGACUCUGUGCUUGCAUAUACUUGCUACUUCUUGUUGGUAACUUUCUAAUCAUAACUUAUCUAUGCCUUAAUUCAAAAAGUAACACGUGUUCAUUAUAGGCUAUUUAAUAAGCAUAGAAAAAUAAGAAAUGAUUCACCCAUAAUUCUACAAUUCAGAUAUAGCCACAUCUAAUGUGUUUUUGGUUAGUGUACACACACACAAACAUAUUUUAUGGAUAAUAGAUAUUUUGAAUAUCUGUAUGUAUAUUCUUAUUUAGAUAUUGGAUAUGUAAGAAGAAUUUCUUCCAUAAUUACAAUUUAUUUGGAAACAUAAUUCUAAUAGCUGCAUAAUAUUCUGUGGGUAAAUGUUUUUUUCCUUCUGUUUUUUUCCAUAAUUUUGAAAAUUUAGGCUAUUUAAUUAUUUUUAUCACAAUAGCGAUAUAAUAAGUAUCUUUGCACAAUGGCUUUGUAUGACUGAUUAUUUCAAUAUAGGAUCCUCUAAGCUGAAUUAUAGGAUGAACUUACUGCUGAACUGCUUUCAAGAAAAGUUAUAUCCACUUGUAUUUCCACCAGUAAUAUCAGUGGCCAUCUGAUUGUAAUUUGCUGAGUAUUUAAUCUCAUUUCUUAAUCUUUUCCAAUAGACCAAAAAGUGCAUUUUGCUUUUCUUAACUUUGUGUUUUGAUGACAUCCGAGUUAUUUUGUUGACUCUGUGCUCCAAAUUCAUCCUUAGCUGUUGGUUCUUUGAAAACUGAUACGGACCCUUUAGAAUUAUUUUAUUAACUCUCUCCUCCAAAUUUGUUCUUAGCUCUUGGUUCUGUGAAAAUGGAUAUGGACCCUUUAAGUGUGUUUCCUUUGCAUUGUGCAUGAUGCCCUGCUUCGUCGGUAGAGGGCGCUGAAGAAGCAUUGUAGCGGGAAAUUUGGUCUUUCCAGAUUCCCAGGGCUGACUGACAAGGCUUUGGAAGGGCCCCCUUUUUUCCUCCACUGCUUUGCCCAGAGUGCUUUCUCCAGGGCAGUUUGCCUGUAGGGUGCAGCUUUCUUUACCGUGUGUAUCCCCAACUCCUCCAUCUUCCGAUUUGGUUUGUGGUGGCACAGCCUGGAGCUGAGCACACAUCUGUACCUGAACACAAAUCGCUGCUCUCGGCACCACCCCCUGGAUUCAGUGCCUGCUCACAGAGAGGGCCCCCGGGGGUGGCCAUCUAGUAAGCUACCUGACCAGCCUCUGUCCCACACAGCUUCAAAGAUACUGCAGCCCAACUGAUGCACAGAGUUGUACUGGGUUCCUGCAAAAGAGGCCCCUAUAGCUCCCAAUCCUGGCACACACACUUCUGCUUUACAGUUAUUCUCCUAUAAUCACAGCUUAAUUAAAAAAAAAAAAAAAAAAGGCCAUUUAUUUAUUUUGAGAGAGAAAGAGACGUGGGGGCGGGGCAGAGAAUUCCAGGCAGGCUCAGCACUGAUGGCGGGGCUCGAUCUCACAUACCAUGAGAUCAUGACCUGAGCCAAAAUCAAGAGCCAGACGAUUAACCCGCUGAGCGACCCAGACCCCCCACAGCUUAAUUCUUUAUAUUAAACUUCUCCUGCUUAAAUCACUGUGUUUCUGUCUCCUUACUGGAUACAGUUGAUCACCAUUAAGAUACAACUCUCCUCUCACAACACACCUAGUAGCUCUUUGUAUUUCUUCUGUGAUUUUACUUUUCAUGUCUUUUUUCUUUUUUUCUAUCCAUGUCUUGGAAUUUUUCUUACAGAUCUUGUAGACUUUCAAUAUAUUGAUGAUUAAUCUUUUGUCAUUUAGGACAGGUACUUGACACUGAUUUAAAUUUUUAUAAGUAUACUGAAUUUUAACAAUUUCAUUUGCCCUACUUUAGCAAGAUGAGACUUUUUCUGAAUUUUAACAAUUUCUUUUGCCCUACUUUAGGAAGAUGAGAUAUUUUUCUUUUUUUUUUUUAAGUUUAUUUAUUUAUUUUGAGAGAGACAGGGUAUGUGAGCAGGAGAGGGACAGAGAGAGAGGGAGAGAGAGAGGAUCCCAAGCAGGGUCUGAACUCAUGAACUGUGAGAUCAUGACCUGAGCUGAAACCAAGAGUCAGAUGCCCAAUCGACUGAGCCACCCAGGCACCCUGAGAACAUAAUUUCUUAUUAACUGAUAGCUGGAAAGAUAAUGAUGCAAGCCUCUGUUUUCCUCAAUAAAAGAUUUCCUAGGACUCAAAGGUCACAGCACACUUUUACCUUCAUUGAGUUUAGGUUUCGGUUUUGGUGACACUAGGAAGUAAUAGCUUUGUCUAAAAAUGUUUCGUAUUUUAAUUUUGAUAGUCUUCGAACUUGGGCUUGUUACAUACAGCCUUUUCCCUUAGUACAUGUAAUGUAAUCAAACCAGGUAACACAAUGCCUGUGAGGAAUGUGAAUGAAAGUGGUUUAG